CUUCCCUGUACCCAAACCCCCUAGCUUCCCUGAACCCAAACCCCCUAGCUUCCCUGAACCCAAACCCCCUAGCUUCCCUGAACCCAAACUCCCUAGCUUCCCUGAACCCAAACCCCCUAGCUUCCCUGUACCCAAACCCCCUAGCUUCCCUGAACCCAAACCCCCUAGCUUCCCUGAACCCAAACCCCCUAGCUUCCCUGUACCCAAACCCCCUAGCUUCCCUCUUCCCUGUACCCAAACCCCUAGCUUCCCUGUACCCAAACCCCCUAGCUUCCCUGUACCCAAACCCCCUAGCUUCCCUGAACCCAAACCCCCUAGCUUCCCUGAACCCAAACCCCCUAGCUUCCCUGUACCCAAACCCCCUAGCUUCCCUGAACCCAAACCCCCUAGCUUCCCUGUACCCAAACCCCCUAGCUUCCCUGAACCCAAACUCCCUAGCUUCCCUGUACCCAAACCCCCUAGCCUCCCUGUACCCAAACUUCCCUACCCAAACCCCUUCCCUGUACCCAAACCCCUAGCUUCCUGA